AAUUUAUUAGAAGAGGCUGCAAGGGACUUAUUGAAAUAUCCACCAAAGGCAUGGUGCAGGGCUUAUUUGGACACUCAAUGUAAGAACAUGAUGGUUGAUAACAACUUCACUGAGUCAUUCAAUUCCUGGAUCCUUGAGGCUAGAAAAAAGCCAAUAAUCCAGAUGUUAGAGGACAUAAGGGUUAAAGUGAUGGAGAUGCUAUGGGUCAAGGGAAACAACUUAAGGACUUGGACUACUGAUGUUAGUCCAGCUUGCAUGAAGAUGUACAGUAACUUCAGGGCUACAUCAUAUAGUUGUAGGGUGGAAUUCAAUGGAGAUUGGGGGUAUGAAGUGUCUGAAGGUGAAGAUAGACACAUUAUCAAUCUGGAGCAAAAAAAAAAAUGCACCUGCAGACUUUGGGAUUUAUCAGGUAUUCAUUGCCCUCAUGCUAUCAAAGCAUUGAUGCACAAGAAAUUGGAUCUUGUGAUUGAAAUCCAUUGGUGGUAUAGUAAGGAGUCUUACAUGCUAACUUACAAACACAAUAUAUAACCUGUAAGAGGUCAAAGCUUCUGGAAAGUUGAAGCUUCACAUGCACUGUUGCCUUCUGAUAUGGUGAAACAAGUUGGCAGACCUAAAGAGAAGAGGAAUAUGGAAAUAGAUGAGGCAAGAAAGAGGAAAGGUGAGUGGUCCCAAUCUAGAAAGGGCACUCAAAUGACAUAUGGUAACUGUGGUGAACCAAACCAUAAUGCAAGGGGUUAUUACAGGGACAAGUCUACUGGGAAGGGGUCAAACUCAAGGAAAGGAAAAAGGCCAAUGAAUGGCAAUUCACAGUCAACAUCAGUUGGGGAUGCAGAUGAGAAUGAAACUGCUACACAACAGUCUGUUGUCCAAGCUACAACACAAGAGUUUGAACCAUAUGGUCUUGAUGUUGGCAUUGAAGAAGACCCAACCCUAAGGCCAAUGGUUAUUUCUGAAUCACGAAAGGAGUGAGAAGUUGAAGAUGAGAAGUGUUCCAUCUGGUAUAAGACAAAUCAAGUUUACAGGAGAUCACACUGGUGUUUCAGUUCCUACUAAUCUUCCUUACUCUCCAGUUAAGAUAACUUGGAAUGGAAAAGAAGCAUGCUCUUCUAGACAAUUGAAGACGGUUGCAAAAAACAAGAAAAGGCUCAAAAUGAUGGGAGUUAAGGGCAAGGGAACCCCUGCACCUGAUGAUGACUUUGUGUGAUUGUUCAAUAUUUUCUAUGUUAGUUUUUGUCUUAAUCCUCUGGUGGUUAAUUACAUUUGGUUGACAAACAAUAUGGUUUUAACCUUUUUUUUGGUUGGUUAAGCACCAGAUGAUUUAAUGGCAUUAAUGACACCUUCUUUUGGUUGUGUUUAUGUUAGAU